GGGAUAAAAGAACACCCAAAGAUUUGUAUGAAUAUAAAAACGCACAGCUACCAAAAACAGAACUUGUCUUUUAUUCUCAUCUCUUUCACAAACCCCCCCAAUCUCCAACAAGAAGAGACCUCUCUUUCUUCCUCUCUCUCUCUCUCUCUCGUAUAACCCUAAUUCUCUCCACCACAGAAGUCACACGUGUUAUCUCUCUUCAUCACCAUGAGCUCCUCCCCGGUCGUGAAAGGCCUGACCGACGAGGAGCACAAAAACCUCGAACAGGUUAUCAAAACUUACCAUCGGUUCGAACCAGACCCAACUACUUGCACUUCUCUCAUAACCCAACGCAUCCACGCUCCCGCCUCCGUGGUUUGGCCUCUCAUCCGCCGCUUCGACAACCCUGAACGCUACAAACACUUCGUCAAAAGCUGCCGUCUUAUCUCCGGCGAUGGAGGCAUCGGAAGCGUCCGAGAAGUGACCGUAAUCUCCGGCCUCCCAGCGUCCACCAGCACCGAGCGGCUAGAGUUCGUUGACGAUGAGCACCGCGUUCUGAGUUUCAGGGUCGUCGGUGGCGAGCACCGGCUCAAGAACUACAUAUCAGUGACGUCGGUCAACGAGUUCUUGAAUCAAGAUUCAGGUAAGGUCUACACGGUGGUUCUUGAAUCUUACACCGUUGAUAUACCCGAGGGAAACACAGAGGAAGACACAAAAAUGUUUGUGGACACUGUCGUCAAACUCAAUCUUCAGAAACUCGGAGNAGAACACCCAAAGAUUUGUAUGAAUAUAAAAACGCACAGCUACCAAAAACAGAACUUGUCUUUUAUUCUCAUCUCUUUCACAAACCCCCCCAAUCUCCAACAAGAAGAGACCUCUCUUUCUUCCUCUCUCUCUCUCUCUCUCGUAUAA